UCUAUUUUAGAGUAGAAAAUAGAGUGAUGAACAAAAACAAACAAAUUACUCUAUAUUUGGAGUAAACCUAUUUUUUACUCUAUUAUAGAGUGAGAAAUAGAGUACCAUUGGAGAAUUUUUUACUCUAAACUCUAUUUUAGAGUGAAAAAUAGAGUGGAGUUGGAGAUGCUCUUAGGAAGUACAAUGUGCCCGAUUUAGACUUAGAUCAUCUCCAAUGGAACACUAUUAUUUUCUCUAUAUUUUACACUAAAAUAGAGUAACUAUUAUAGACUUAAAUUUGCUCUAAUAGUUCACUCAAUAAUAGAGUUACACUAUAAUGGAGUAAAAAAACAACAUUCUUUUAUAUUUUACUCUAUUAUUGAGUGAAUCAUUGGAGCAAAUUUAACUCUAUAAUAGUUACUCUAUUUUAGUGUAAAAUAUAAAAGAAAAAAUAGUGUCCCAUUGGAAAUGCUCUUAUCGAUCAAUAUAGACAUUGAAAAUGUCUUUUUUUUGGGUGCACCCAUCAAAAAUGUUAUUUGUUGUAUUAUCUUACCCCUAAAUUAGAUAUGUGCUACUUUCUAUUAUAAGUAUUUUCAAUAAAAAUAUCACUAAUGUUACAGUUGUUAUAAGAAAUAAAAAAUUACAGUUUUUUUUGGGUGAAGAUUACUGUAUGGGCGCUAUCUUAGUUAGCUAGCAAUGAUUUUCAUUUUACCGUAUGACACUAAAACAAUUAUGCGUUCAUUAGCUUCAAAAAUCAAAAGUAAGUUAAUUUAUCAGCGAAGACAACUAAUAUUCCAUGGCUUAUGAUUGGGAAACACGAUUUUUCGCAUCUGGACAAAAAUAGUUCAUCAGUCAAAUCUUAAAUGCAAUCUGUUUGAGAGUGGAACUAGUUUGCUUAAUAACUUACUUAUGUUUUAACAGAACUUAUAAAAGGUAAAUAAAAAGCGAUUAAUGCAUACUGUCCGCCGUUAAAACUAAUCACUUUAUAAAGUAUGUUAUUUGCAGAUAACAUAAUAUUCAGUACAUUCAAUUAUUAGAACACUAUACUUUGGUGUAAGAACACCCACGUGUAGGGGAUCGUUCAGUAUAACCAGUCACAUCGGCAAACAAGCAAAAGAGAUCAACGGUGCUUGAUCCUUCAAAACCCUAGAUGGAUAAAACAAGCCGAGGAUUACGGGUGUCUUAAGUGGACCCCAGAGACACCUCUUGUUCUUUUAAACUCUCUCUCUAUCUCUCAUUUUGAGUCAAACAAGUCAACAAAGCAAAAAACUCUCUCUUCUAUGCUCUCUCUCUAGAUAUAUCUAGAACAAUGGCGUCGACGACUUGUGGAAAGGAGGUGCAUUACAGAGGAGUAAGGAAGAGACCAUGGGGUCGUUACGCGGCGGAGAUUAGAGAUCCUUGGAAGAAAACUAGGGUUUGGUUAGGCACUUUCGACACUCCCGAAGAAGCUGCUCUCGCUUACGACGGCGCCGCCCGUUUCCUCCGUGGUAUCAAAGCUAAAACUAACUUCCCUUCUCCUCUCUCUCUUGACCUCAACCACAUCCCUUCUCCCUCCGCCGCCGCCGCCGCCGCGGAUAACCACCACAACCAUCAACUCUGGUUCUCCGCUCCUCCUCCUCCUCCUCCUCCUCUUCGCAUCCCCGGAAAUUACCGCCACCACGGUCUCUAUCUCCGAACCGGAGUGCUUAACGGGAGAACCCCCUCUACAGAAGCGCCGCUUUACUUCGCCGCCUCGCCUGCCGCAGCUACGUCGUCGCCUCGAGUGCUUGAGUUAUUGAGUUCUUCUCCUUCCUCCCCUACGGCGAGACGUGGCUUAGCCAUCGAUCUCAACGAGCCGCCGCCACUUUGGCUGUAAAACAGACGAUGGAGACGGAGAUUAAUGGCGCCGUUUGCAACACUUUCGACCGAACUAUUAGGGUUUAUUUUUUUUGUAACUUUAGUUUCUUUUAGCAAAUAUCUUUUUUUUAGAGUCGUAUGAGUAGUUUUCUUUUCAAUUUGUACACUUUUUGGUUUAUGUAAGAACGGAGAUUGAUUGUUAUGAUCCAUCUUGUGGAAACAAAAAAAAACUCCUUAAUUGGCAAAAUGAAUUAACGCUUCGAAGGAUUAGGAAAUGAAUCUAAAGAAAGUAACUUUGAUUGAUGUUGUGGAUUGUUACGACCGUCGCUUAUGUCUGGUUUCGAGGGGUUUUUUUUAACCUUAUUGUAUUCUGUGGCGUGUCGUGAAGUACGGACUGACUUGUGUUGGCUCUUUCAUUACUUCGCAUUGCGUUCUGUUUGACUCACGCGCCUCCCUAACAACGACAAAAGACUGAGAAAGAGAGAAACAGACAAAAUAGAUAGUGACUAGUGAGAAGAAUAGAAACAGAGCAAGCGUGUGAGUUUGGACUGCCAUUUUCACUUACGGACAAAAUAUCUUAGAUAUGUAUUAUUAGUUUUGAGUUUGUAAAUACUUUCAUUUACCAAAACAUUGUGCCAUGGAACCAUUAACAAAUGUGUUACUUGUAUGCAAUAGCCAAUACUAGGGACAAAGUUCAUGCAUUCUUCUCUUUCUUUUUUGAAACUUUUGCAUUCUUUUGUUUUAAACCAAAAUUUAUUUUAUGUUUAGAGGACUCAUUUUUAUCAUAUUCUAUAUUUUUUAAGAGACUUGUGAUUGGACUCCUGUUUAGUCAUGUGAUAUUAGAGAUUAGAGAUAGAGAGACAGAGUUGGGGAGUAUAUUUUUAGUAUAUGAUUAGAAAGUAAUAAAAGAAACUUUAAACUAAUCUUGUUUACACAUUAUGAAUAUAUUUUGUGCUCAGAAACCGGUUGUAAAUUUUGAAUUUAAACAUGUCUCAGUCUCUAUGACAAGCGCUGCAUGUGUUUCUGCGAUGACAUAAUUUCAUUUUGGCUCUUGUGGAGACCCCACGCGCCGUCGCCUGACUUCGCUAGUGUUAUAAAAAUAUCAAUUUCAACAUUGGGGUUACUUCUUUAGUUAUUUUCUUAUACAUCUAUUUCUUUAGUUGUUUACUAAAGGCUAGCUAGGUGUUUAGUUUGGUCCUUCUUUGUGAGUCUCUUGUCGUUUUGACCUCUAUCUCUUUUACCUAUCAUUUAAUUGAGGUCUCUAUUGUCUAUCCACUACAUAUCUCCAAGUUUUUGUUUAAUAAACCUAAGGUAUAGCAUUAAAUUAUUUGACAAAAAGUUCUUUUUAUUUAAUAACAGUUUAGAAAUGUUUAAGUUAUCAUAAGUUUGGCGGCAGUGGCCGACCAUAAGUUUUUGAGGUGUUUUUGAGGUGUUUUUGUAAAGUUCAAGAGUUUGAAUAGCGUUGUAGACAACUGUUCAGAUGGUGUAUUUGUACUAUACUUUUAUUAAACGUAUAAUUUUCUAGGGCUACUCCAAUCCGAUAACACUAAAUUUAGUGUUUUGAUUUCUUAUUUUAUUUUUCAUAUUUAAUCAUAACAUCAAGAUUAUUAAUUUUUAAAAUUUUAAUAACUUUUAAAUUUUAAUUAUUUAUAUUUAAUAAUUAUUAUUUUAUACCAUUUAUAGUCUAUGUUUGUUCGUCAAAGUUUUAUAUUUUUGUUUUAUAAAAUAUUUUAAAUACAUCUAAAAUUUUAUUUUAUUAAAACAUAAAUACAAAAGUAUCUAAUAUAUUUUAUUUUGUUAAAUAAUAAUACUCACAUAGUGAUACUAUUAACGAAAAAUUAAUUUUAAACUUUUUGAAAAUAAAAUAAAACCAUAGCAAAACAAUGCAAUGUAUUUAUUUUUAGUUUCAAUUAAUUAUUAUUAAUACUAGCUCAACUAUAUUAUUAAUUAAACAUAAUAUUUUCUAAGAUUUGGUGGAAAUUAAUAAAUUGAUGUUUCACAGGUGAUGAAAUUAAACCAAAUUAAAAAGUAUACCAAAUCUAAUGUUUUAAUGUUUAUUUUAAGUUGGUCUAAAUAUAAACAAUUGACAUAUUGUUAACGCCUUACAGGAAAAUUUGUUGGUUCGGAGUGGAGCAAAUUCCAAUAAAUAUCAUUUCUGAAUUCAAAUUCUAUUCUUAUAGUUCCAACUUUCAAGAUUACAUUUGGUCAUAUGUUUGGGCCAAAAGAUUUGAUGGGGUGUUACGAGGUUUGAGGUCAAAAUUUCCCGUUUAUUUUCAUUUUUGAAAUGACAAUAUUUUUUUUUUGGCCAUUUGUAAUUUUAUUAAAGGGACGAGACCCGAAAUCAAACCUAAACACCAAUACUACAAAAGCCCAUGUACAUAACUCAAAAUUACAUUAAAACCAAUGGAACAAAGCCCAAAGAAAACCCAUUACAAAAGAGGUUCGACCCACCUACACGUGUAAGAACACACGCCGAUCAACUUGACACGUGCCCUAACGAAAGUCACCCUUCUUUCUCCGGCUUCAGAACAGCGACACGACGGCUCUCAGUCGACGGCGAAGUUGGAUCCGGGACGAAAACCAACCAAACUUCACACUAAAGCUCAAACAACGAGCAAUCAUACCCACACAGAUCUACAAAAUCACCAGAGAAAUUAAACGCCUACAAUCAAUCCUCCAUCUCCAACAUACAAACAUGCGGUAACAUAUAUUAGAUCGAGAGGCAUAUUUGCAGAUGAAGCUCAGAAUCAUAGAUCAACAAGAACAAGAUAAGCCCGAGGAAACAAACCGGCGAUAGAGAUGCUAAAGAAGCUACCACUUCCCAGGAUCAUAAGACGGCGAUAGCGAUGCUGAAGAAGCCACCGCCUCCCGGAAUCAUAAGCCAGAUGACCACCACCGUAGAUUAGGUGCACCUCCAAAACCAAAAUAAGAGCAAGCAAGCGAGGCAAUAAAGAAACACAAACUGGACUGACGGUGGCUAGAGGACCCUCGCCGUCGGCCGAAACGCAGUACAACUUUUUAUUUUUGUGGAGGUUUUGUGGAACAGCUAACUAUGAAAUGACAAUAAAUGAUUUACGUAGGUUCCGAAUAAAGUCUAAUAAAUACUCCUCUUAGUCCUUAUUAAAAAUUAAUCAACGUAGAUUUUAUCAAAUUGUGAAAAAAUUUAUUUCAAAAUGUUUAUGAGUUCCUAGAUCUCAUGGCUAGUCCUACAUUGGCACUAUAUUUAAAUGUGCCUUUAAACUCCAAACAAAUAAAAAAUCAUAUAUAUCCUAACAGAAUAUAAUAUCUAUAUAAACACUACUAAAAUGGACACUGAUCUUAUAAACAGAAUAAUUAUGAAACAAAAAUAGAACUAUUACAUCAAAUUUUAGCAUCACAUAUACAUUGUCUUUGACAUUGAUAACCAUAAAAGAAGAACUGAUUGGGUGGCGACAUCCCCGAUAAUCCAUAACAUAACAAUGCUGGAUGAACAACCGUUUAUACAACUCGGAGGAUGAGUGAUAAAGAUUUGCUUUGGACAAGACCCUUAACCCAACAAGUAACAAUGCUGUUUUUUUUUAACAAGUUAUUUCAAGUCGACUUUCUCUCUAGUGAACAAGAGCAAAUCUCAGAUCUAGGGUAGCCACGGCCUUCCGAACGGCGCGUGAGCGUCCGUUCCGGUGCCGACGGCGACCCCUCUUCUCCCCUUCCAUCUCAUUUUUUCUUUGCUUCAACCUGGCUUCUUCCACUCUCCUCGUCUUGCUUGGUUCUCUGCUCUGGAGGCUUUGCUGGAUUUAUCUUUGCACGUGAGAAGCUCUGAGUCCGGUGAGGUUUCAGCCAGCUGUUGGAGUCUCAGCACGAGGUGGGUGUGGUUUCUCUCGGUGAAGUCGGUUCUUAGGGUAUGGCAGGAGGCCCUUUUGCUUCAUGUAGGGUCAGCUGCGCGUGGAAGCGUAAGCUUGUUAAUCUCCCCUUCCGGUUUCAGUCUUGUGCUGCUGUUCGGAUGGUAGGUGAGUGGUAGGUUAGAAUCGGUUUCAUUGUUGCUUCCUUGGUGUCUCGGAAGACGCGUGUUAUGUUUUUGCUUGCCUUAGGAAUUCUGGAGUUUCAGAUUUGCUCAGAUGCGGGUUUAGUCUGAAUCACUGGCGUGUGUCGGGGCUUGUGAUGUGUGUUCGUGGUUGCGGCGAUGUUGCGGUGUCGGUGGUGGUCGUCUAUGGCUCCUCCGAGGCGGCACAGUCUCUCCCUCUCAAUUUGCUUCCUCUUCUCGGUUACUCGUUACGAUCCUUUGUGGAGCUAUGUCGACUUAAGCUCUCAAUUGUGUGUGCUCUGGAUGUUCGUGAGAUUGUACUAUGCCACUAGUACAUCUCUAGUCAGAUAAAGCUUACCUCCCUUCGGUUUUCGGAGAUGGCGAUUGGCAUUUUGGGAGGAGGCUUCUUGUGGUCUGAGAAGUUCUUCACUCAUCGGUGGCACACUCGGCGUGUAGCAUAUGGAUGUGCCGUGAGCGGAGCUCUCAUGGUAAUGCUACACAAUAAAGCUUUUGCUGGUCAUGGAGCACUAUUCAGUUUCGAUGUAGCAGCGGUUGGCUCGUAUCCGCUUUUUUGUUUCAUCGUUUUCAGGUUAAAGGCCUUUUGGUCUCAACGUCUGUGGGGAUUUGGUGUUGUGGAUGUUGUGCGGCUGGUUCAGCUGGUUAUCGAGCAUUUUUCAAAGGUCCGUGUUCUUUAACCCUCUUCUACACUGCCUUCGAGCUUAAUGAUAGAGAAGACUACAAGUCUUGAGGCGUUCUUCGGGAACUAGCUACUCCGGAGACAACAUGGGUAGUCCCGGCAUCCGAGACAACGAGGAGAACCUCACUUAUCUAUAGUCAUCUUCAAUGGUUGAGAACAGUUACUGAUUCCUAGGAAUUUCAAAAAUGGACUAGCAGAAUGUCCCGGGUUUAGUGGGUGGACGAAACUGGUUUUGUAAUACAUUAACUUAGGAAAUUUUGUUCAGUUCGGGCUUGUAAUUCGGAUCUGAUUCCCCGUCUUCUAGUUUAAAUUAAUAUAAGAUAUAAUUAAGAAAAAACAAAGACAAUGCUGGUUUUACCCAAAAAAAAGACCUAACAAUUGAUGCUGGAUGAACAACCAUUUAUUCAAUCGGGCUAUGAAGAUGCGAUAUGUUGUUACAUAAAGAUAAAAACAAAUAGUACUCUCUCUAUUUCAUAAAAAAUAUCAUUUUGAUAUUUUUCACACUGAUUAAGAAAAUGAUUGAAAUGCAUUUAAAUUCUUAUUAAUUACACAUAUUCAGCUAAUAGUAUUUCAGAUAAAUGAAAUUAUUUAUAAAAUCAAUGCAUUUGUAAUUAAUAGUAAACUAAAAAUUGUAUUGGAAUUUUAAAAUGAUACUCUUUUUGUAAUAAGAAAAAAAUAUUAAAUUGAUAUUUAAUAUGAAACAUGAGGAGUAUUUAAUAUAUAAAUUAUACCAGUGCCAAUUUAUUUUAUAGUUUUUUUGUUAGCUUUUGAAGUUAGUCACUCAAAUUCUCUAAUCACUUAUAGCCAACGUUGAUAUGUUUUUCACUUUUUUGGAUUACGUAAUUGAUUUAAUUAGAUCGCUUACAAUCAACAAUGUAUAGUUCUCAUAUUUUUUUAACUAGGAAAAUAGAUAGUUUGUUUAAGAAUCUGAUUGACAAAAGCUGUAGCUUUACUUUUUUGCGGUAAAAUUAUUGCUCUAAACUUUUGACGUAGCUGUAAACUUUAUUACUCCAAAAUUUUGGUUGUUAUUAGCUGUAUUUUUUUUUCUUUAAAAGCAUGAUUGUUAUAAUUAGCUGUAGAUUGUAAUAUGUUCAUGUAUAAAAAAAUAUUUUAUAAUUAUGAAAUAAAAAAUGUAAUAAUUUAUAAUUAUAUUAAAUAAAUAAGAUAAUAUUUUUUUAAAAAUUCCAUAAAAUAUAAUAAUUUUUAAAUAUUAAUAAUAAAUAAAUUAGAAAUAACAAACAAAUACAUAACCAUAAGAAUAAAAAGAAAAUAUUAAUUUUUAAAUUAAAA